AGAUACUUCUGAGUUGCAAGAGAUAACAUAUUCACAAAUGUGAUCCCCUUUUAGUAAAUGCUCUAGGAAAGGGAGAUAAGGGGCCCAUCAGUAGGUGUUGCUAGAACAAAUAGUUAAAUUUCCUGGCAGCAUUUUUAGUUUUCUCAGGCAGUCAGCUGGGGACAUCCUAGGGACAUUGCUUUAUGCUGCUAGAAGCCAUGGUCAAGUUUGGUCUAGUGUUUUAGUUGGAAUUAUGUGCCAAGAGCAGGCACUAUUAGCCCAAUUUUACACGUGAGGGAACCCAAGCACAGAAAUAAAUAACUCACACAGCAUGGUACAGCUAGUAAGUGGUAGAGCUGAGAUUUGAAUGUAGAACCUGGACCCCUAAACACUGUGUUAAACUGUCUCAUAGCACUCACGGAGACCGGGGAAGCAGUGAAAAUUAUGAUUUAAUCCUUGUCAAAAGAGCUUAAGUCCAAUGGAAGGGGCCAAACAUUAGAACAAAUAGUUAUAAUCAGUGCGGUGUCAGAGAUCUCUGACCAACUACCCUCUUCCUGUCUAAUGAGGACACGGAAAGCUUUCUAACCUGAUUUUUCCUUUUAGCCACUUUCUGCUGUUACCUGCCAGCCAGACAUUACGACUGUGUAUCUCACCAGAGCCUCAGAGCUGUUACAUCCUCAGCCCUACUCAUUACCUCCCUUCCUCGUUACUGUCUCUCUUUCAGACCCUUCGGACUCUCCAGUUUCCGAAUGCCAUUGAUGGUCUCGGUCACUUGGGCUCUGUCCUGUUAGGAGGUGAUCUGUGUUUCCUCUUUCCCUCAUGUAUCAGUAGUCACCAAGUCCUACGGAAGACAUUCAAGCGGGUGAAGAGUGGCAUCGGUGGAUCAGCCAACAGUCUCUGCUCUAAAAAAAAUAUGCCUACCUCUCACUGUCUUUGCCAGACGCAUCCAUGUCUGUUUCUAGCUUCUGCUCUUUAUUGCCUCACUGGAUACCUCCCUUCCAGAUGACUCCGUAUUCCCCUUGCCCUUCAGUGCUCAGCUCAGGUCGACUUGUGUUUUGAAGUUCUCCCCGAUUUUUCCAGUUAACAACGAUCAUUUUUUUUUUCUAAUUCAUGUCACAUUGAAAGACUGUACAGUUAACAGUUAUAUCAAGUUCUGUCAUGGACAGCGACCAUCAAAGUAGUUACAAACUCAAUAAAACUGAGAAGAAGUUCUUGAGGAAACAGAUUAAAGCCAGGCAUACUUUGCUGAGACACGAAGGCAUUGAGACAGUGUCCUAUGCCACUCAGAGCCUGGUUGUUGCCAAUGGUGGAUUGGGUAACAAUGUGAGUAGGAACCAGCUGGUCCCAGUGUUAGAGAAGUGUGGCCUGGUGGAUGCUCUCCUAAUGCCACCUAGUAAGCCCUACUCAUUUGUGAGAUACAAAACUGCAGAAGAAGCUAAGGAAGCCUAUGUCACCCUCAACGGAAAAGAAAUAGUGGAUGAUUUAGGACAAAAGAUCAUUCUGUACUUGAAUUUUGUGGAAAAAGCACAAUGGAAAGAGUUGGGGCUUCAGGCUUUACCUCCAGGCCUCAUGGUAGUAGAAGAAAUUAUUUCUUCUGAGGAUGAGAAAAUCCUUUUGGAAAGCGUUAACUGGACAGAGGAUAUAGACAAUCAUAAUGGUCAAAAAUGCUUAAAGCACAGGAGAGUAAAGCAUUUUGGUUAUGAAUUCCGCUAUGAGAACAACAAUGUAGAUAAAGACAAGCCAUUACCUGGGGGUCUUCCUGACAUUUGGGAUAGCAUUCUGGAGAAGUGGUUGAAAGAAGGUUUCAUUAAACACAAACCCGACCAAUUGACUGUUAACCAGUAUGAACCUGGCCAUGGAAUUCCUGCUCAUAUUGACACACAUUCUGCUUUUGAAGAUGAGAUUGUUUCUCUCAGUUUGGGGUCAGAGAUUGUCAUGGACUUUAAGCACCCAGAUGGUGUCACAGUGCCAGUCAUGUUGCCUCGUCGGAGUUUGCUGGUGAUGACCGGAGAAUCUAGAUACCUCUGGACACAUGGAAUCACACCCAGAAAAUUUGAUACUGUUCAAGCAUCCAAGGGUCACAGAAGUGGGAUUAUCACCAGUGAUGUUGGAGACUUAACUUUAAGCAAGAGGGGAAUAAGGACAUCAUUUACAUUUAGGAAAGUGAGGCAAACACCUUGUAAUUGUAGUUACCCUUUGGUCUGUGACAGCCAGAUGAAGGAGACCCCCCCAUCAUUUCCAGAGAGUGCCAGAGAAGCCUCACAGCUGGAGCGAGAAUACGUCCAUCGAGUCUAUGAAGAGAUUGCUGAGCACUUCAGCAGCACGAGACACACCCCAUGGCCGCGCGUCGUGGACUUCUUGAAAGCUUUGCCAAGUGGUUCGUUAGUGGCCGAUGUUGGCUGUGGAAACGGAAAGUAUCUUGGCAUCAAUAAGGAGUUAUAUAUGGUUGGUUGUGAUCGAAGCCAGAACCUCGUGGGCAUCUGUCGAGAGCGGCACUUGGAGGCGCUUGUCGGGGACGCCCUGGCCGUGCCCUUGCGCAGCGGCUCUUGGGACGCCUGCAUCUCUAUUGCUGUGACUCACCAUCUCUCGACGGCCGAGCGUAGAGUGGCGGCUCUCCAAGAACUUGUUCGACUCCUGAGACCUGGGGGGAUGGCACUCAUUUACGUCUGGGCGAUGGAACAGGAAUAUAAGAAGAAGAAAUCCAAGUACCUUAGAGAAAACAGACUUCGCCAAGGAAAGGAAGAGGAGAUCCACAGCGACGCAGCGGAGCCAGGGUCACUGGGGGAGCAGGUGCCUGACGCGGGCGACCAGGACGCUCCGUGUCGAGUCUCCGCCGUUACCGACGUCCGGGCGGGAGGGGGUAGUGCCAGCAAAGUCACUGAUGCCAAGCUGCCUGUUCACACUAACAGGACUUCUUUUCGUUCUCAAGACUUACUGGUUCCCUGGCACCGUAAGGGGAACCCUGGGAGAGACGAGCCUGUCGGUGCAACAGAAUCCCGUGCCCCAGGCCCCGUAUUUCAUCGUUACUACCACGUGUUCUGUGCAGGCGAGCUGGAGGAGGCCUGCCGGACCCUGAGUCACGUACGCGUGCUGCAGAGCUACUAUGAUCAGGGCAACUGGUGUGUGGUUCUUCAGAAGGUCUGACUGUCGCCGUGAGCAUAGAUGCAGGGAAGAGAGGCUCAGCUUGGUCCUUGAAAGGAGACUAAACUUACUGUCUUUUUCGUUAAAGAGAAAUCUCGUGGAAAAGUACCAAAGGGGCAUGCCUGAGAGAGAUUCGGGAGCAGAGAUUAGUUAGGACAAAUCCAGUCUACUACUAUGGCUGACCUCAUUUUAUCCAUAAAUGUAGGCUUCUCCUGAAUGGGGAGGAACAGGGCCAGUUUGUAGAAGUGAGUGAAGUAGUCUGUGAAGUAUUUGGGAUCCUGGGGCAGGAAUACAGCACGUGGAAGAUAAACUUCUGCUGUGCAUGUUACUAAUUGAGCUAAGUCACGUAGAAUCUUAAUGAUGUAAUCGUACAACAUUUUAAUAAAGAAAAUAUUCUUGGUCAGUAGAGAACUGUCUGAAGUUUUAUCUCAUUAUUGACGCUGUAAAAUCACAGUUGAUAACCACUCUGUCCCCUCACCUUACUAACACAGGGCUUGACACAUAGUAGGUGCCCAGUAAGAUUUUAGUCCAUCAGAUAAUAGCCACACCUUAGUAAGAGCUUCAUCCAACAAAUCCUCAUCGAACCCCUACUAUGUAUCAGUUACUAUUGUAGGGCCUGGGAGUGGAGCAGUGAAUAAGAAUAAAAGCUCUUGCCCUUCUGGAACUUCGUGGUAGAAGGAGGACAGACAAUAAGCCAAUAAACAGACACUGUGUGCUAGACAUGGGGGAAAGU